GUCAAGUUUCGUUAUCAAUUUCUCUAAACAACAGUAUUUUUUCAAACAGUUUCAAGAAGUGUGUAAUUCGAGUUAUUUAAAAUGAAUGAUCCUUUCCCAGAAUGCGUACAACCUCUAUAUCGUGGAGAUGGUCCAUACUCCACCGAGAAAACCGAUCUCGGAAUCCAGCGGCAAGAGUUGCCGGCUCGUGCCGAAAGGAAUCGAACUCACGACGCAUCCGACGUGUACGAUUAUCGUGCAACAAGUAAUCCGAGCAAAGACGCAUCGAUCCAUCAAUCACAGGGUGGAUUUUGCCACAGGUAUUCUAUCAACAACUUGUUGGAUCUUUUCAAAGAAGGCAAUAACCCGAAUGAAGUCAAUGAAGUUAAUCCGACCGCCAUGAACACAUUGAAUGAAGAGCACAAGAAAGGUAAACCUAAAAGAAGCAGAACAACUUUCUCUAGUCGCCAACUACAAGAACUGGAGAGGGCGUUUCGUCGUACUCAUUAUCCCGACAUGUUCACGCGUGAACGAUUGGCUCGUCGGAUUGGCUUACCGGAAUCACGUGUACAGGUUUGGUUCCAGAACCGUCGAGCAAAAUGGCGAAAGAAGGAACAGCACUUCCACUAUCUGCUCGAGUGUCAGGGGAAAUCAUACCCUUAUUUACCAACAGGCUUGCAUACACCUACUCUCAUACCGAGUGCGUCGUUUCUGCAGCCGCUUUACAGUCCCUUUCCGUUACUACCGCCCUCACCGGCUGUUCGUCCUUUCUUGUCGUGCUCCAACAGAGGGCGCCUAUCUGCCGGAACAACUUACGAAAAUCUGAAUUCGAUCCCGAACAUUGACGAUAACAUGAACUGUGAGAACCCCUCCGAAGAAUCAGAAAACACGGGGCACACCGUAACGCUUUCAAUGAUGAUGGAAACAAAAGAAGUGUUAUAA